AUGUGUACGGCGCAGGUAGCGAGACGAUGGGGCGCACAAAAGAAUAGACCAGCCAUGAACUACGACAAACUGUCCAGCAUGGCGGCGGGCGCGGGCGGCGGGGGCCGGGCGCGCAGCCCCCCCGCCCCCGCGCCCGCGCCCCCUCUAGGCGGGGGCGGGGCGGGGGGCGGGGCGGGGGGCGCGGGGGGCUACCACGUGCUGACGCAGCUGUACGGCGGCGUGUGCACGCAGUACCUGCAGCAGCAGCACGACCCGCGCCGGUACUACGCCCCCCACCCCCACCACCCGCCGCACUACGACACGUGA